CUACCACCCGAUUCCAUGUCAAUGUUAGUUGGCCACGCGUGCUAGGUCAUCGCCACUGCAAUUUCGUCUCGCUGCUGUUCCUGUUUGUGACGAGCAACCGACGAGAGCCAGGAAAAUUCUACUCCAAAUCUACUUUCGAUUUUUGUUCCUUCCAAAUCCUUGUCUCUUUCCCUGAUCGACGGCUUCUUGAUUUCGAUUGGUGAUAUCUCCAUGAGUGGAAGCGACCGGAUCAAUCUGUCAUAGGGUUAGGGCAAGACUUCGAUCUUCCUUGUUUGAUUUUUUCCUCUACGAUCUUGUGGAUGGCGACCACGAGCCCUCUGAGCCCCGGAGGCACUGGAAGCGUCGACGCUGCUCCGCUCCUCAGCACCCGGAAUGUUGGUAACCGCUCCAGAAGGGGCCGGGGUGUCCUCCGAGCCUCUCGGUUCCUCCGCCGGGCGAGCAGCCGGCAUAUGAUAACGGAACCAUCGAUGAUGGUGCGGGAGACGGCAGCGGAGCAUCUGGAGGAGAGGCAGAGCGACUGGGCCUACUCCAAGCCCGUGGUGUUCCUCGAUAUCAUGUGGAACCUGGCAUUUGUGGGCGCGGGUGCUGGGGUUCUGAUCAUGAGCCGGUACGAGACACCGUCGAUGCCUCUUCGGUUGUGGAUAGUCGGGUAUGCGCUACAGUGCUUUCUGCAUAUGGUCUGUGUUUGUAUUGAGUACCGACGUAGGCAGACGACCCAGAGGGCUGUUCUGGAUGAGGAAGAAGAAGGGGGGAAUGGAAGGAGAUCCGGAUCAAAUUCACCGAGGGCGACAGGAGAAGCUGUGGGGGAUGAGCAGAACGAUAGCACUAAUGUGGUGAAACACUUGGAGUCUGCAAACACUAUGUUCUCAUUCAUAUGGUGGAUUGUUGGUUUUUACUGGGUAUCUGUUGGAGGCCAAGAGCUGACCCGUGAUUCUCCCCAACUUUACUGGUUGUGCAUAGUUUUUCUGGCAUUUGAUGUAUUCUUUGUUGUUUUCUGUGUUGCUUUGGCGUGUGUAAUUGGUAUAGCUGUUUGUUGUUGUCUGCCUUGUAUCAUAGCAAUUUUGUAUGCUGUUGCUGAUCAGGAAGGAGCAUCUGAAGAAGAUAUAUGCCAACUACCAAAAUACAAAUUUCGGAGGGUUGGAGAUCCUGAAAAACUUGAUGAGAUAUCAGGGCCUUUUAGUGGAAUCAUGAUCGAGUGUGGAAGUGAUUCACCUGCAGAGCAUGUCCUUUCAGCAGAGGAUGCUGAAUGCUGCAUUUGCCUCUCACCUUAUGAAGAUGGCGCGGAGCUACGUGAACUUCCAUGCAGCCACCAUUUUCAUUGUGGUUGCAUAGAUAAAUGGCUGCACAUAAAUGCCGUUUGCCCCCUCUGCAAGUUUCACAUUAUAGAGUCUAACAACCACGGAAGGGAGGAGGUUUAGAUGAUGAUGCUGCAUGAUUGUGUACUGGAAAUUCGACGUCCUAUUGCCUUGUAACUAUGAGUGGCUUGUAUCAACUUGUGUGAUUCAAAGAGCGAAGUCAUAACUUAUUUUACCAUAUACCUUAAUUGUAGCUAAUGUCCAAUAGAAGAAAAAAAAGAUUGUUGUGGAA